UAUUGACAGUAGCGUAUCAGAAUUCAAACAGUAAACAACAUAAUAUUAUUUGCACAACAAAUCCAAAAUAAUAAUAAAAAUAAACAAAAAUCACAAUAAAAGUGUUAUCGAAAAACAAAUACUAUUUGGCUGAAAAGUGUUUUGAAUUAAAUUCACAGCAAAGGAUUAUUAAUACACCUAGUGACAAAAAAACAAACAAUAACAAAUAUUUUUUAAAAAUUAAAAAAAAAUUGAAUUUAAAAGAAAACGAAACAAAAUUAUUUUAAUAUAAAUCAACUACAAAGUGUUAAUUAUUUGUAUAACUAUUAGACAUUUGGCGUAUUUUGUGCUUGUGAAUUAAUUAAGAGUUUCUCGAUCAAAGCUUCAAGUUCAUAAUCAAAUAAAUCAAUACAAAAUGACAGCUGUUAAUGGAAAGACAUUUUUGGUGUUAUCCAUGCUAUUGGCUUUGGCCUGGUGCCAGCAGCACUAUCAGCAAUACAGUGACAGCGAAGUGCCUACUGUUUUAAGCUACAACUCACCCCUUAGACAGCCCGACAGCUUGAGAUCUCGUCCCUACUUUGAUUUCUUGAGCACCUUGUACAGACGUGAUGCCGACAAGACCCAAUUGUUCCGUCCCUAUGUGCGCACUCGUCGUGAGGCUGUUGCCGCCCCUCUUCCCUUAGACCUCAGCUCCCACAAUGAACGCAGCAAAAGAGCCAUCGUUUUCCGUCCCCUAUUCGUGUACAGACAACAGGAAAUUCGAAAACAACAAACUCAAAAUCAACGUAGACGUCGUGUUUAAAUGUUUAAAUGAAUUUUAAUUAUCAUAUUUUGUUUUAUUUUUCAAAAACAUUUUUUUUAUUUUAUUCUUUUAAUUUAAUUUAAAUUGUGUACAGGUUGUGUUGCUCUCUAUAAACCAGAGUAACUCCUUUUAUUUUAACAAUUUUUAGUUUAUUUUUCGCUUUUUUUAUUUUGAAAAACCCAAAAAUGUCACCUUCCCCCUUUCAAGUCAUAUUUUUUAUAUCUGCAUACUUAUACUCUAUGUAUAUGUAUAGUAUGUAUUCAUCUAAUCUAAUUCGUUCGAUAAAACAAACUAAUGCACCAUUUCUUAUUUAAUUUUAUCUAAAAACAAAAUUAACUACUAUUAAAUUAGUUUUUUAAGUAUUUUUUUCUAUGUAGCCUUUUUUUGUUUUCCUUAGUUUAUGUUUAUAAAUAUUUAAACAAACGAAAUUUUAUAUAUUUGUAGUUAGUAAUAAAGAAAAUUUUCUAUUGUUGUAUUUUUUUAUAUGAAAAUAAUGUUUAAAUAAAAAAAAAUUAAAAAUUCAAUUACAAAA